AUGACUCUUCCCAUUGGUUCCUGCAGGUUCCUGUGGGGUACGUGUAAGCAGACAGGCGGGACCUGUCCAUUCUCCCAUAAGGUGGCCAAGGAGAAGGUGAAACUAUGUGGCAACAAACACACACACAACGACCUUGAGGUGAGAGUAUGUGAAACGUCAAUGUCUCCCUCACACCAGCUGGGUUGGAGUGUACUGUGUAGUUAGUCAGUUAGCAUUUGGCCCCGUCAGGUAUAUAGCCAGGGAGGAGGUGAGAAUAUGGUGUCACACACUUACAGAUCUGCAAACAUUGAAGAAUUAAUGCUAGGAGGUAAUGAAAUGGAUUGCAUUAGGACCCGACUGUUAGUUUUGCACCCAGAGAUAGAUAUGGAGACAUGUCUCAUACAAUACGUGGUGUAUAGAGUUAUGGUUGGUGUAAGGAGUGGUGUAUAGAGUUAUGGUUGGUGUAAGGAGUGGUGUAUAGAGUUAUGGUUGGUGUAAGGAGUGGUGUAUAGAGUUAUGGUUGGUGUAAGGAGUGGUGUAUAGAGUUAUGGUUGGUGUAAGGAGUGGUGUAUAGAGUUAUGGUUGGUGUAAGGAGUGGUGUAUAGAGAUACAGCUAGAGUCAUGUUCACACGAUUGGCACAGCUCCUGUCUCUGUGCUAUCACUGGCAGUAUUAAGAUACACACGCAAACACAUACACACACUCCCACUGGUAGUGUACACACUCAGAGACGUGACCUGAUUCUAUGGUUAGGGGGUACGUAUUGAAAGGAGUAGGGGUAUGGGGCGAUGGGGGUAUCAUGACCGAAAUGGUGGUCCCUGUCCCAGGUUUCAGAUGACCCAACAUGGUUUACACCUGAACACGUACACCUUAAUAGGCAUGGGUACAGAGAGAGUGGUAUGAGUACACAACCCCUUAAUUAACUAGAACACACACGUACAAACAGCUGGUUACACAUACCCAACAUGUUCACGGCCAGUCACACAAACCCAAUACUCUUGUGAAAGGUCUGAGACACACACACACCCACACACAGACAGACACACACACAACUGAACUGGGUCAAUCACAAAUACAGUGGGGGAAAAAAGUAUUUAGUCAGCCACCAAUUGUGCAAGUUCUCCCACUUAAAAAGAUGAGAGAGGCCUGUAAUUUUCAUCAUAGGUACACGUCAACUAUGACAGACAAAUUGAGAAACAAAAUUCCAGCAAAUCACAUUGUAGGAUUUUUAAUGAAUUUAUUUGCAAAUUAUGGUAGAAAAUAAGUAUUUGGUCACCUACAAACAAGCAAGAUUUCUGGCUCUCACAGACCUGUAACUUCUUCUUUAAGAGGCUCCUCUGUCCUCCACUCGUUACCUGUAUUAAUGUCACCUGUUUGAACUUGUUAUCAGUAUAAAAGACACCUGUCCACAACCUCAAACAGUCACACUCCAAACUCCACUAUGGCCAAGACCGAAGAGCUGUCAAAGGACACCAGAAACAAAAUUGUAGACCUGCACCAGGCUGGGAAGACUGAAUCUGCAAUAGGUAAGCAGCUUGGUUUGAAGAAAUCAACUGUGGGAGCAAUUAUUAGGAAAUGGAAGACAUACAAGACCACUGAUAAUCUCCCUCGAUCUGGGGCUCCACGCAAGAUCUCACCCCGUGGGGUCAAAAUGAUCACAAGAACGGUGAGCAAAAAUCCCAGAACCACACGGGGGGACCUAGUGAAUGACCUGCAGAGAGCUAGUAACACACUACGCCGCCAGGGACUCAAAUCCUGCAGUGCCAGACAUGUCCCCCUGCUUAAGCCAGUACAUGUCCAGGCCCGUCUGAAGUUUGCUAGAGUGCAUUUGGAUGAUCCAGAAGAGGAUUGGGAGAAUGUCAUAUGGUCAGAUGAAACCAAAAUAUAACUUUUUGGUAAAAACUCAACUCGUCGUGUUUGGAGGACAAAUAAUGCUGAGUUGCAGCCAAAGAACACCAUACCUACUGUGAAGCAUGGGGGUGGAAACAUCAUGCUUUGGGGCUGUUUUUCUGCAAAGGGACCAGGACGACUAAAGGAAAGAAUGAAUGGGGCCAUGUAUCGUGAGAUUUUGAGUGAAAACCUCCUUCCAUCAGCAAGGGCAUUGAAGAUGAAACGUGGCUGGGUCUUUCAGCAUGACAAUGAUCCCAAAUACACCGCCCGGGCAACGAAGGAGUGGCUUCGUAAGAAGCAUUUCAAGGUCCUGGAGUGGCCUAGCCAGUCUCCAGAUCUCAACCCCAUAGAAAAUCUUUGGAGGGAGUUGAAAGUCCGUGUUGCCCAGCGACAGCCCCAAAACAUCACUGCUCUAGAGGAGAUCUGCAUGGAGGAAUGGGCCAAAAUACCAGCAACAGUGUGUGAAAACCUUGUGAAGACUUACAGAAAACGUUUGACCUGUGUCAUUGCCAACAAAGGGUAUAUAACAAAGUAUUGAGAAACUUUUGUUAUUGACAAAAUACUUAUUUUCCACCAUCAUUUGCAAAUAAAUUCAUGAAAAAUCCUACAAUGUGAUUUUCUGGAUUUUUUUUCUCUCAUUUUGUCUGUCAUAGUUGACGUGUACCUACGAUGAAAAUUACAGGCCUCUCUCAUCUUUUUAAGUGGGAGAACUUGCACAAUUGGUGGCUGACUAAAUACUUUUUUCCCCACUGUAGGUCAGAAGUGUGACUCUCGUUUCAAAACUGGUUACAUUUGGUUAAAAACAUUGACAUCGACAUUGAUAUAAAAUCCAAGAAAAUAUAAAGGCCUAAUUCUACACUGAACAAAAAUAUAAAUGCAAAAUGCAACAAUUUCAACGAUUUUACUGAGUUACAGUUCAUAUAAGGAAAUCCGUCAAUUGAAAUAAAUAAAUUACAUUUUAGUCAUUUAGCAGACGCUCUUAUCCAGAGCGACUUACAGUUAGUGAAUACAUAUUAUUAUUAUUAUUAUUUAUUUUUUUAUAUACUGGCCCCCCGUGGGAAUCGAACCCACAACCCUGGCGUUGCAAACGCCAUGUUCUAUCAACUGAGCUACAUCCCUGCCGGCCAUUCCCUCCCCUACCCUGGACGAUGCUGGGCCAAUUGUGCGCCGCCCAUGAGUCUCCCAGUCGCGGCCGGCUGCGACAGAGCCUGGAUUCGAACCAGGAUCUCUAGUGGCACAGUUAGCACUGCGAUGCAGUGCUUUAGACCACUGCGCUACUCAGGAGACAAUCUAUGGAUUUCACAUGACUGGGCAGGGGCACAACCAUGGGGGAGCCAGGGCCAGCCUAGGACCUCCACAUCCAGCCAAAUACUCCUCAGUUUCACCAGUUGUCCGGGUGGCUGAUCUCCGAUGAUCCCGCAGGUGAAGAAGCCGGAUGUGGAGGUCCUAGGGUGGCGUGGUUACACGUGGUCUGCGGUUGUGAGGCCGGUUGGACGUACUGAGAAAUUCUCUAAAACGACGUUGAAGGCGGCUUAUGGUAGAGAAUUGAACAUUCAAUUAUCUGGCAACAGCUCUGGUGGACAUUCCUAUUACAUUUUGUGCACAACAUAUGAGAGAAAUAAGCUUUUUGUGCAUAAUGAAAAUGUCUGGUAUCUUUUAUUUCAGCUCAUGAAACAUGGGACCAACACUUUACAUGUUGCGUUUAUAUUUUUGUUCUGUAUAGAUCAUUGGCUUCAUCUUAAACUUCAUCUAAACAACUCUCUCUCUAACAGAGAAAGAGGUCAAACUAAAAGAUAAUAAUCACAUGUUUAGUACUACCAACACUCAACAUAAUGGUUAAUCUUUGAUUAUUAAUUCUACUUCAUAGCUACUAAAUAUAUAGUUACAUAGUAAUAAGUGUAGUUAAAAUGUCUCAUUAGUUUAUCUGGCCCCAUAGCAUAGAAUAGGGUCAUGUAGUGGUGUUUUUGGUCAGAGUGUAACUAGGUCAGUCCGUAUAGGGUAAAGGAAAACGGUUACACUAGAUAGCGAAAUAUGUUUUCCUCUAGACAAACAACUCACUGACAGGUGUCCUGUCCAGCCUCGCAAUCCAAUACACACACAUACUAGUAGGGACUGGGGAUAGGCGAGGAGCCCCAAUCCUGUACCCCCCCAGAAAUAACUCCCGAAACUAGAUCCUCUGUAACCCUCACCUCCGCCCGUCCCCCCUUCCUACCCCCUCAGGCCCUGGCGACCGUAACUCGUACACACAGCCAGCACAUAAACGCAUCAUGAUAGCUAGCUGGACAAGCUGUGGCCUGGAUAAAUAUUUCUGUAGCAGUUAAUUAGGUAGAACUGAUCCCAUCCCAACGAGCUGCCCUGAUUCUCUCAUUACCCCCGACCCCACCCUGGCCCUCUCUGUAUAGCGCUCUCCCUCUCCUUGCUCCUUUUCCCUUGCUCUCUGUCUCUCUCUCUGUCUCGCACCUCUCUCUCUUUAUCCCUCUCUCUACAUGCGUUAUAUUUAGACUGGCCUGCACUACUCUCACACAGUGUACCUUACUCACACACACAAGGACAUUUCACACACACCUGCAUGCCUGCUGUCACACACACACACACACACACAUACACACACACACGGCCUUAAUUGCAGUUGACAGAGAAAGAGAGAGUGUGUACUCUCUCUUUCUCUAUCAACUGCAAUUAAGGCCAUUUAACAGCAGAGGCAGUGACAGAUUGUCGAAGAUGGGACCUAUUUGAAUGGUGGUUUGGUUUGUUGACUUCUUUAACUCCACAGCUGAAUAUGUUUUCUCUAGUAUGCUAUGAAUUUAUACUCUUUCUUUCUCUUUACUCUCUCUCUGUCUUGCCUCUCUCGUUCUCUCUCUCAAUUCAAUUUUCAAUUUAAUUUUAAAUGCUUUAUUGGUAUGACAUUUGUAUGGAUAUAUUGCCAAGCAGAGAUUCGUAACAACAACUUCUCUCUCUCUCUAGAUGUCUGUGUGUUCGUUCUACCUGAGGGGUAUAUGUAACAACAAUAGCGUCCCUACAGCCAUGUCUACAUGUCCCGCAAGGCUGCUGUGUGCCAGGACUUAAUAAUAUAAUAAUAUGCCAUUUAGCAGAUGCUUUUAUCCAAAGCGACUUACAGUCAUGUGUGCAUACAUUUUUACGUAUGGGUGGUCCCGGGGAUCGAACCCACUACUCUGGCGUUACAAGCGCCAUGCUCUACCAAUUGAGCUACAGGGGAUACUGCCUUCAGGGAGAGAAGGUAUAACACCCACACACACACACACACACACACACACACACACACACACACACACACACACACACACACACACACACACACACACACACACACACACACACACACACACACACACACACACACACACACACACACACACACACACACACACACACACACACACACACACACACACACACACACACACACACACACACACACACACACACACACAUAAGAAAACACACACACAAUCAGUCAGUCCCACACAUAUGCAUGUACACACACACGCACGCACGCAUGCACACUCACACACACCUACUCUCUCGCUCUCACACACACAGACACUCUUUCGCUCACACACACGUACACACAGUCAGUCAGUCACACACACACGGACACACACACAGACAGUCUCUCUUUCUCUCUAUCAUGAUCUAAUGACCUAUGGUAGAAAAGGUAGAUACUGUACACCCAGUGGUGUACUGGAUGGUAUACGCCGUAUACCCACUUAUUUUUCAGUGGGGAUUGCAUAUACUCACUUAUUAAUCCCCAGGAUGCAUAUCAAAGUAGUGUAGUGGAAGUAUACGCCAUAUCAAUUAAUAGGGCUGAUGGAACAGAUCAGAAUGUUUAGCUUAAAAUGUUGAUAAACUAUAAUUUUUUCAUAUUUUCAGCGCAGCAACAGAAGUAGGCCUAGAACGGUGCGAAUGUUCCAAAAUGCAAUUUGCAGGAAAAACCGAUCUAAAAUACACACCGCACAUGCGAGUGGUUUCAUGGACAGAGGUGAGAUCUAAAGAUGCAACAACUAUCAUGGGUUGCUAAUAUGACUAUGAUAAUGCCUUUGGCUGCUAGAUGAUGAAAGAAAGUUGAAAGAAAGCCAAUAGAACAGGAGAAUGCAUAUGAGGAAGUCUUUAUAAAAUAAUUGUCUCCACGUUUCUAUGGUUGGAUUUUGGCUAUAGGCUACUUUGAAGCAAGGUAAGACAUGCCUCAUAAUAUGAAGUAAAAUGUCCAGGUUUCAAACAAUUAAGGAACAUGAAAAAUAUAGCGAUGCAAAUGAUAGCCCUAACUGUCUUCUGGUAGAUACAAAGGCUUUUACAAACUCCAUCUCAUGUGCUACAGAAACACUACUAACCAAACACUUGAAUUAAAGGGUAACUACACUCAAGAAUCCUGAUGUGGUUUAAGCAUUGUUGUGUACUUAGAACAUCCAAUUUGGUUGUUUUCUAUUAAAAUAGUGUGACCUUGAGAGCAAAAACCUGAACAAAUGUGUACAAUCUGAAACUUGUGAAUUUCUGACUCAGUUGACAGCCUUAUUUAUCUGUUUCAAACAUUAGGCCUACUAUUAGCUUACUGCACAGUACAGCUUGGGUUGGCCUGACUGUGAAAGACCAAUAUGGGAUUGAUUAUUUUAGGUAAUUCAGAGUGUAAGUCACUGUUUCUCAAAUCAUUUUUCACACUUGGCACCUUUCCUUUGCGGACCGUUUGGAAAUGUUUGGCAAAAUUUGAGUAUACCCACUUCUCCAGGCACCACUACACCACUUGAUACACCCUCGCCAUACUCUUCACACAAACAUAUAAACAGUCCUCCAAACAGCCCUGGGUAUGGAGGGACAGCUGUGGGGAGCAAGGGGUUGUCCAUAGUGACAUAACUGUACUGUCUGAGUGACACAUUGAGGACCAGAGGGUAACAGUGCACGGCCACACAGACACACAUGACCCCAAAACAUGUAGAGUUCCCAUACACACUCUGUUCCCACAUUCACCCCUAGUACCACUCCUAUCCUCUCUUUUCCUCUGUCUCUGUCCCUACCAAUCCUAUAUAUGUUCAUCUAUCCCCUCCUUCCCUUCUGUAAUCCUCUCUCUCUGUCUCAGUUGUUGUUUAUGAGUGUCUGUGUAACACAUGCUUUUUCACACUGUCAGGCCUCAUUUAAAUAUCGCACAGAGAAAUGAGGAUAUAUAAAAGAAAAGGGGCAUUAAUAUUGAUUCUAUUAGCUGAAGUGCUUAGGUCUGGUUGUGUGUGUGUGUGUGUGCUCACGUUUGUGCGUGCACAUGUGUGUGCUAGUGGCGGCUGUGUGAUGGAUAGCAGGCAGUAAUUAUAGAUGGAGGAAGUGCUGAGGAUGGCACUAUGGGGCAGGCAUACACUCCAGCAGCUUAGGGGUUAACCCCGCUUCACUCUCCCUCUCCCUCUCUCGCUCCAUCUCCGUCCUCUUUUCUCGUUCCAUCUCUCGUGUCUCGCGCUCACUAUUCCUCCCUCCCUAACACUCUUUCUCUCGCUGUCUCUUUUCCAUCCAUCCCCCACCACUACCUUCUUCUCCCCCUUUUCUAUUAUCUUUUGAACCUCUCUCUUUCUCAUUUUCUCCCUCUUGGUCUCUUUCUCCUUCUCUCAUUCCCUUGAUCUCCCACCUUUCUCUUGUUUCUCCAUCUCCACCACUCUUUCAACUUCCCUUCCUCUCCUUUGAACCCCAAUCCAUCCCCGUUUCCCUCUCCUCCCUCUCUCUCCCUUACCCUUAUUUCCCACCUCUAUCUCCCUCCCUCUUUCCCCCUCUCCUCUCCCCCCCCCUCCCUCCCAGUCUCUCUGUGAUGGUAAAUGUGCUGACUCAUCCUGGUUUGGAACCCAGUGGAGAGAGAGCUCUUCUAAUAGGCCCCUGAGACAUCCCUGCAUUUUCUAAAUCAAGUGGAAAAGUGUUAACUUGGUGUGUAAUAAAGAUGUUCUGUCCGCUUUUUUCUCUCUUCAAUUUCUCGGCUAUCGCUCUCUUUCCCUCUUUUCAGUGUUUUAUGAAAAUGAGAAUGUAUUCGACGGCUGGCAGUUGAGUCUUAGUAGAUUUGGCAUUUAGCUCAGUUUUCCCUCAUCUCCUUACACUGGAGAAAUGCUCAAAACGGUUGUAAGUCUUUGUAUGGUCCCAUUCCCUGGUCUAGAGACCCCUGGGCACAUCUUGGUUGGAUUGGUUAAAAGAAACAAUGUAAAGUGUCUUCAAUCUGCACCUCUGCUCUCAGACUCUUGAAUUGGAACAGACUGAUACCAUUAUAGAGACAGACAGGCUUUGCUAAAUUUGCCAAAUAUUGUCAAUGUUUACAUUAGGGCAUGAAAACAUAUAGCAAUAAGGUGUGACUUUGAGUGUUUUGGUUUGCCUCCUCAGAAAAGCUGAAAGUGAGCUAAGUCUAAGACUAACCUGAUCUGGCCCCUAGGGUGCAGGAACAUGGGUGUGAGAGGGGCAGGGGGUCUGAGUUUGGGCGUUAGUGGUACUGAUACUAUAGUGGGGGGUUGGGGGUAUAGUGGAGAGAGAGGUGCCUCAUCGGGGAGAGGAGAGGGGUGCCAGGACUGGCUCAAGGCUGAGGGGACCAUGGGGUGUCCUGGAGUCCAAACUGUUCCUGUAAACCCGAGCUGCAGACCCCCACCCCUCACACACACACCCCUUACCCCCCACCCUUACGCUAUUUCCAGGCUGCCCCCCACACACGGCUCGCACCCCGCACCCCAUAGUGAUUAUAAUUAGCUUUUCUGACAGGUGGGAGGGAUCGAAUCUCCCUGAGAAUGAAGUUACCAAUUUACACCCAUAUUAUACCGUCACACACACUCUCACUGUCACACACACUCUCACCCUCAUCUGUAUACUCACUCAGGCACACAUAGUGCUCUUAAGAUGACUUCCACACUCACGCGCACACGCACUCAAAAACAAAACUUAGGAACACAUACACUGAGUGUACAAAACAUUAGGAACAUGACAUAGACUGACCAGGUGAAUCCAGGUGAAAGCUAAGAUGCCUUAUUGAUGUCACCUGCUAAAUUCACUUCAAUCAGUGUAGAUGAAGGGGACGAGACAGGUUAAAGAAGGAUUUGUAAGCCUUGAGACAAUUUAGACAUGGAUUGUAUACAGUUGAAGUCGGAAGUUUACAUACACUUAGGUUGGAGUCAUUAAAACUCGCUUUCCAACCACUCCACAAAUUUCUUUUUUAACGAACUAUAGUUUUGGCAAGUCGGUUAGGACAUCUACUUUGUGCAUGACACAAGUAAUUUUUCCAACAAUUGUUUACAGACAAAUUAUUUCACUUAUAAUUCACUGUAUCACAAUUCCUGUGGGUCAGACAUUUACAUACACUAAGUUGACUUUGCCUUUUAUCAGCUUGGAAAAUUCCAGAAAAUGAUGUCAUGGCUUUAGAAGCUUCUGAUAGGCUAACUGACAUAAUUUGAGUCAAUUGGAGGUGUACCUGUGGAUGUAUUUCAAGGCCUACCUUCAAACUCAGUGCCUCUUUGCUUGACAUCAUGGGAAAAUCAAAAGAAAUCAGCCAAGACCUCAAGGUAUUGGAGUGGCCAUCACAAAGCCCUGAGUUUAAAUGUAUUUGGCUAAGGUGUAUGUAAACCUCCGACUUCAACUGUAUGUGUGCCUUUGAACGGGUAUGGUAGUAGGUACCAGGCACAUCGGUUUGAGUGUGUCAAGAAAAGCAACGCUGCUGGGUUUUUCACGCUCAACAAUUUCCUGUGUGUAUCAAGAAUGGUCCACCACCCAAAGGAUGUCCAGCCAACUUGACACAACUGUGGGAAGCAUUGGAGUCAACAUGGGCCAGCAUCCCUGUGGAACGCUUUCGACACCUUGUAGAGUCUGUGCGCCGACGAAUUGAGGUUAUUCUGAGGACAAAAGGGGGUGCAACUCAAUAUUAGGAAGUUGUUCCUAAUGUUUUGUACACUCAGUGUAGUAACUAACAGAGCAGUCUCAAACUGUCUUCUCGGGUUACGUUAACCUCCUGUGUGUUUCAUAAGUGGUAUCGGUCUGUCCUCUCCUCCAGUGUAAGAAGAAGCACACCCUGGUGUGUCCAGACUUCUCCAGUAGUGGCUCCUUUCCCCGAGGGGCCCAGUGUAAGAAGAAGCACACCCUGGUGUGUCCAGACUUCUCCAGUAGUGGCUCCUUUCCCCGAGGGACCCAGUGUAAGCCCCAGCACCGUCAGAGGGCCAAACGCACCGCUCCUAACCCCAACCCCACCACAGGCCCCUCCACGGCCAAGAAGGCCCGCACCGUGGUCAGGAACAGGCCCUCUGUGAAAAGAAUUCAAUGACAAAGUGGAAUUAAUGAGAUACAAUUUAUUUUUUAAACAAAUAAAACAGAGUGAAUAGAUUACAUUAUUAAUUUAAAACAGACAUUUUGGAAAAUGCAUAGAAAACACAGACAUUCAUUUAUAUUGCCAGAUGUGCACAGAUUAGAUUACAUUUCGAUGUCAACAAUGUUUUCUAAUCUCCUCCUUUUUCUCUUCCCCCUCUUCUCUCUUCAGGCCAAGCUUGUCAGUGGUCCUACCUUAUGCUCAGGCUGCAGAGGGUUCUGCUCAGGCAGAUCCAGGGACACCCUCGUCCUCUUCCUUGGGUCCUCACAACACCAAGCUCCCGUCCUUCAUCUCCUUCUCCAACUCCCCCGAAGACACAGACCCCCCCGGACACGCCCCUUGCCGACGGGGCAGAGGUCAC